AUGGCUCUAACUGAAGAGAGCAAUCGACGUCAUUUAUCUAGCGAUUCUGCUUCUAGAAAUUCCUCUUAUAAUCAUAUAAAUCAAAUUGAUGAAGGUGGUGAGCAAAAACGACGUUCUGCGAUAAAAAGAUAUGGAACUUAUGAAUUGAUAGUUGAAGUAUUAGGCAGUCCGAAAGAUGUUCCUUCUAAUAUUGAUUCUUCAUUUAUUAUUAAAAACGAUAUUCCUGCUCGUUCUUCGAUAAACAUUGAUCAUCGUCACUCACAUCAAGAUCAAUUAAAUAUUUCUUCUGAUUUAAAAGUUGAGUAUGAACGUAAACAUAAAAAUCAUGUUUCUUUUAAUGUUAAAAAUGUCUCUUCACAAAAUUUUCCUAUUAUUCAGGAUCAAUUUCUACAAAAACAAAAAAAUCGCAUUUCAAUAGGUCCAAUAAAAAAUAAAAGAAAAAGUUUGAAUUUUACAAAAAAAAAUCAAUCGGACUUUAUAUUACCCAAAGAAUCUUCAUUUAUUGAUCCAAGGUUAUUGGCAAAAAAGAAUCAUAAUCUUGUCAAAACUCAAUCAAUAAAUCGUAAAUUGGUUAAACGUGGUCAAAGCUUCAGAAGAAAUAAAUUUCCCCCUCGAAAUAUGGAAUUUGCUCCUACCUCUAAUCCAAUAUUUUCUAAUGAUCCUACUGAUAUGGAUGCUGAUCUACCUCCACUUAAAUCUUAUGCUUUUCCUUGGUUACCUGGUUCUUCUAAACCUCCUCAGUUACUUCAUGCUUCUUUAGUCCCUCUUCCAAAUCGAUCUCAACGUACCAUUGCUUCUUCUAAUAUUAAUCGUACCUCUUAUAUUUCAUCUAAUAAACCUGGUCGUGUUUCAAAUUUACUCUCAUCUGUUAAUGUUAAACGAAAUUCACUUAAUUUUACUGUCAAUCAAAGUCGAUUAACUCGCGUCAAUUCUUCUCGAAAACGAGCUUCAAUUAUGGUCCCUCAAGCAAGGCGUGCUUCGUUAAUAUUUAGGCAACAAAUAUUAGAAGAAAGCUUAAUGAUGUCAUUUGGUCAAUCAUGUCCUACAAAUUCUCAGCCUACCACUACAACAAAACCUUUAAUACGUAAAAAAACGAAAAAAGGUAGUAAUGCUAAAGUUGAAGAUCGUGAAGCAAGACGUGAAAGAAGAAGAAGAGAAAAAAGGGAAAAGAAUAUUAUGGAAGAAGGACCUUUUGAAAUUUCAUCGGAAAAUAAUAUGACUAAUCAUCAAGUAGAUGUAAAAAAUAGACCUAUAGAAAAUUCAGAUUUAUUAUCUGAUAAAGAAAAUAUUAUAGAUUCUCAAUCUACUCCAAUAUCUCCAAGAUCUCCUUUAAAUAAUAUAAAAGGAGAUUCUUCUUCUUUAUUUUCAUCUUUACCGGAUAAAAGAUAUCCAAAGACAGAUGAAAAUUUAAAUUUAAUAAUGUCAUCUGUUGAUCAAUCACCUUUUCCUGCUCACCUUUCACAAACCAAGUUUGAGCAAAAAUCUAAUAGAGAAACCUCUAGGAAAUUACAAACCCAACGUUCUCCUCCACCCCCUCAUCCUCCACCACUUGGACCUUUACCUUCAACACCAAUUCUUUCACCACCACCUUCAAAUUUGAUACCUUCACCUGAUGAAGAAUAUGAUCAACAAUUAAAAGUAAUUGAUGAAACAAAUUCAGUACAACAAAUACCUCCUCCACUUUUAAGCCCCAGAACACAAAAACUUGGAAUACUUGGAGGAUUAUUUAAUAAACAACCUUCAAAUCAAUCAGGGAUAGCAAAUAUAACAAAUAUAACAAAUAUAUCACCACCCAUACCUAUAUCGCCACCCAUACCUUUAUCAUCAUUAUCACCACAAUCGACAAAACAGCAAUUUAUGUUGUAUCCACGACCUCCAUCACCGCCAAUCAACUCACCACCACAAUCACCGCCAUUGAGUCCUUCACGUGUAAUAAGAUUACCAACAACUCGAGUUAAAACACGACGUGCUAAUGAUACGACACCAACUAUUCAAGAUCCUGAAAAGUUGAGAAAAAUGGAACAAUUCGAGGCUUUGAUUGCAAAUACAGAAGUGCAAAAUAAUAAAAAAUCCAAGAACGGAAAAAUACGAGCGCUUACUACGGCAAUAAUUCCCACAACAUCAAAUUCGACACCAGAUAAAGAAUCUAAUACUAGGUCAUCCUGCACUUCUUUAACCAAUUCGGUCGCUGAAUCCGUUCAUUAUCGACCGGAAGAAAAGGAUACACUUGGAAAACCUGGCCCGACCGAUGAGGAUGGCGUUAUUAGAGUCACAUUAACCCCCAAAGUUUGUCGAUAA